AUGGGCGAUGAGAAAAACGAUGGCCAGGAUGAGGAAGAGGAGAAGGAGGAUGAGAAGGAGGAUGAGAGGGAGGGUGAAGCCAUGGUAGCCCCCUCUGUGCCAUUCAAACGGCUGAAUCGGUGUCCUGUGUGUGGGCAGAGCUUCUCGCCUGACGCAGAGCUGGUAACGCACCGCUGCCCCCACGCCGGCACCUGGCGCUACAUCUGUUGCGAGUGUGGCAAGAGCUUUCGCCAGAGCUGCCACCUCAACCAGCACCUCCUCAUCCACACCGGGGAGAAGCCCUUCACCUGCGACGACUGCGGCAAAACCUUCAGGUACAGCUCCGCCUUCACCAGCCACUGCCGCAUCCACACCGGUGAGAAACCAUACAGCUGCGACGACUGCGGCAUGAACUUCACCAACAGCAGCCACCUCAUCUCCCACCGUCGCACCCACACGGGUGAGAGGCCCUUCACCUGCCCGGACUGCGGCAAGAACUUCAAGCAGAGUUCGAAUCUCUGCCGGCACCGCCGCAUCCACACCGGGGAGAAGGUCACCUGCCCCGACUGCGGCAAAAGCUUCAGCCGCCGCUCCGCGCUCAGCGACCACCGCCGCAUCCACACCGGGAAGAAGCUGUUCCCCUGCGCUGAGUGCGGCAAGAGCUUCACCGUGAGCAACAGGCUCCUUCGGCAUCGCCUCAUCCACAGCGGCGAGAGACCAUACAGCUGCACCGACUGCAGCAAGAGGUUCAGCACCAGCUCCGCGCUGAUCGUGCACCGCCGCACCCACACCGGCGAGAGGCCCUUCUCCUGUGCCGACUGCGGCAAAACCUUCCGCCAGAAGGGCGGACUUCUUUACCACCGCCUCACACACACGGGUGAGAAACCUUUCUCCUGUGCUGAGUGCGGCGUGAGCUUCACCAAUCCUUCCCGCCUCUACCGGCACCGCCGCACCCACACCAGUGACCAGCCCACACCGCGGGGGAGGCACAAAUAG